CGUUCCGCCAUUGUAUGAAGGGAAGAAGUAUAUUUUGUGAAAAAAGUUCAUGAAUUUCAACAUUGGCAUCCACAUCUUGGGAGGUAUCUUGCAAAAAGAGUUGACAUAAUAGAUAUAAUAAGGUGGGUGGGUGUAUAUAGUUGCUACAGUGACCUUUCUUUAAUUACUCUUGACAAAUUGGACUAAAAAUCAUUUCAUUUUUGUAUCUCAUCAAAGGCUUCUUAUCCAUGGAUACUCAAUUUAUUCAAGGUGAAUCAUCUAUAACCAAAUGGAACUACGAUGUCUUUUUGAGUUUCAGAGGUGAAGACACGCGAAAGACCUUCAUCGGUCAUUUUUACACCCGAUUAUGCCAAGUGGGAGUUGAUACAUUCAUCGAUGAUGAAGAGUUGAGAAAAGGCGAUGUCAUUUCAACCAAACUUGAGAAAACAAUUGAAGUGUCUAGAAUUUCUGUUGUUGUUUUCUCGAAAAAUUAUGCAUCGUCUAGUUGGUGUCUUGAUGAACUUGUCAAAAUCCUCGAAUGCAGAGACAAGUUAAAGCAGAUAGUUUUGCCUGUUUUCUAUGAUGUUGAUCCUUCUCAAGUGCGAAACCAAAGUGGAUGUUUCGGUGAAGGUUUUGCUAUGCGCAAGGAACGAUCAUUUGGAGAUGAAAGAAUGGAGAAGUGGAAAGCUGCAUUGACUGAAGCUGCAAAUUUAUCUGGAUGGGAUUUGCAAAAUGUUGCUAACGGGCAUGAAUCAAAAUUUAUUGAAAGUAUUAUAAAACAAGUUCUCCAAGUGGUCAACCAGACACCGCUAGAUGUUGCUUGGCACCCAAUUGGUGUAGAUACUCGUGUCGAACAUAUAGAGUUGUUACUGCAAAAUGAAUGUGAAGAUGAAGUUCGAAUGGUUGGUAUAUACGGCGUUGGUGGAAUUGGAAAAACUACUCUUGCAAAAGCUAUCUACAACCAAACAUGUCAUCGCUUUGAUAGUAGUUGUUUCCUUUCAAAUGUUAGAGCAGAAGCUGAUGCAUUUAAUGGUCUAGUCAAGUUACAAGAACAACUACUAAAUCAAAUUCUCAAAACUAAGGACGUCAAAGUUAGCAGUGUUGCUGAAGGUGUCAAUCUAAUCAAAACAAAACUUGGGUCGAAGAAGGUUCUAAUUAUUCUUGAUGACAUCGACCAUAUGAGCCAAUUAGAAUCCUUAACGAGAGAAAGAAGUUGGUUUGGCGCUGGUAGUUUAAUAGUAGUUACAACUCGAGAUGAGCACUUGCUAUGUCGGCUUAGAGAAAAUGAGAGAUAUGAAGCCAAGCUAUUAAAUGACAAUGAAGCUUUGCAACUUUUUAGUCUCCAUGCUUUUAAUGGUUCUUUUCCACCACAUGAGUAUGUUAAUUUGGCAAAAGAUAUAAUCAAGUAUUCAGGUGGGCUACCAUUAGCUCUUGUGACGUUGGGGUCACACUUGCAAGGGAGAUCCACAGAAGAAUGGAGAUACGAGUUCAAAAAAUUAAGAGCGAUUCCUCAUCGUGAUAUUCAAAAGAUUCUCCAGAUAAGCUUUGAUGGACUUGAUCGUGAUAUUCAGAGUGUUUUCCUUGAUAUCGCGUGCGCCUUUCAUGGAUUUUCUAAGGAUGAAGUUUGCAAAACGUUAAAUGCAUGUGGUUUUAGUUCUGAAAGUGCUAUUGCAACUUUAGUUCAAAGACAGUUGCUCCAAAGGGGUCAUUUUUUGGUGAUGCAUGAUCUAGUGCGGGAUAUGGGAAGAGAAAUCGUUUCCAUGGAAUCACCUCGAGACCCUGGAAAACGAAGUAGAUUGUUCAACCCUCAAGAAGUCCGUGAUGUUCUACAAGGAAAUAAAGGUUCAGAAAAUGUGGAAGUGCUGGUGGUAGAACGAGGAGCAUUCAAGGGUAUGAACUUGAGCACCAAAGCAUUUCAGAAAAUGAUAAAUCUCAGGGUGCUUAAUAUCGAUGACUUAAAUAUUAGUGGAGAUUUUGAGCUGUUGUCCAAGGAGCUCCGAUGGUUGUCAUGGGAAGAAUGUCCUUUAAAAUGUAUACCAUCAAAUUUUCCGUUCGAGAAACUUGUUGUUCUGAAUAUGCGAGAGAGUAAUAUCCAAGAAUUUAGUUCGAAUUUUCAGCACUGUAGAAAUCUGAAGGAUUUGAAUCUCGCUAAUUGCAAGCACCUCGGAAGAACUCCAAACUUCAAUGGUUCACUAAGUCUCGAGACUUUGUGCCUCACUGGUUGCUCAAAUCUGAAGGAGAUCCAUCCAUCGAUAGGAAACUUGAACAGACUAACCGGUUUGUUUAUGAUGGAUUGCAAAAAGAUUUCAAAUCUUCCGAGCAGCAUAUGCAAGCUAAAAUCCCUUCAAUACUUGAACAUAAGAAGUUGUUCAUCUUUGCUAACACUGCCAGUUGACAUCGGAGACAUGCAAAGUUUAAGACAUCUUCUUGCAUGUGAUACGGGUAUAAAACAAUUGCCUAGAUCUCUUGAAAUGAUAAGAGAUUUGUCGAUAUUGGAAUUGGGAACCAGAAAUGUAGAGAAUAAAAGGAGUUUUUCUGGAAGAAUAGUCCAGAUACAAUCCUUGUCGAGUUCUGUUAGUCACUUAAGCCUAACAUACUGCAAUUUGUCCGAGGCUGAUAUUCCUGGAGAUGUUUGGAGUUUAUCCUCCUUGCAGCAUUUAGACUUGAGUGGCAAUAGUUUCCGCUGUCUACACUUUGAUUUUUCUAAGUUGCGAUCUUUGACGUCAUUGUUUUUGAAUAAUUGUGAGAAUCUUCACACACUCUCAUCACUAUCAAAUAAAAAUCUUUGCAAAUUGGAAAUUGCAAAUUGCGAGAAGUUGGUAGACAUUACAGGGUUCGACAACCUCCCUUUACAAGGGCAGAUCGACAUGCGUUACUGUACUUCUCUGCAGAAUCCAUUCAAUGAAGGCUUCUUUAGUGCCGCUGCUCUAUCAUUCCUUCCGGAAAAGCUAGAAAUUUAUCUCCAAAGCACCGAGAUCCCCGAUUGGUGCAGCAAUCAAGUGACAGCUUCAUCUAUCUGCUUCACUAUGCCCACAGUACAUGAUAAGAAGUAUCAGUUUUUAGGAAUGAUUCUCUGGUGUGUUCACAAGUUUGUUAUCGAAUGGGAUACCCUAAGUUACCAGCGUGGCUUGAAAUUUUUCAUUGUCGGAAAAAAGUAUUCAAUAUAUGAUUGGCGCUAUGAUUUUAGAAUACCCGAUGGAUAUGCAGAACAAUCAUGCGUACUUUACACAUCUUGCAUACAAGAACCUUUUCAUGGCCAGAUUAUGGAAGGCGGAGAAAAGAUUCAAAUCGUAGAGUUUGGUGGAGCAAUAGUAAAGAAUAUAGGGAUUCAUUUGUUAUAUUUAGAUCAACAUGGUAACGUUACAUCUUUGCCGGCACAGAUCGAUCAUUCUCAUGCUCAGAUGACGAACAAAAACCAGGAGAACAAACAGAAUCUCAGUGGAAAAGAACCACAAAAGAGUUUCAAACAGAGUCUCAGUAGAAAAGAACCAAAAAUGAGUUUCAGACCGAGGAUAUCCUUGAAGAAAAUCAUCGCUUGUUUUUUUGUUGUUUUUGUUUUUGUUUUUAGUUUUUUCUUCGUAAAAGGAAAUUACAAUGUGGAAAAUCGAACCCUCACCAUAAAGGUAGUGUUCAGGUAGUUAACCAACUGGUCGUUACUUGUUUCAAAUCUUAGUUGAAUGGAAAUCACAUAUCACUUGGAGGUUAACUUCUAA